AUGGGCGAUAACACGUGUCGCUGGGCUACCAUGUCGAACGUCAAGGACGAUGACCCUACGACACAAUGUUUAGCUUUGGUCCUGGAAGCACCCCCUGGGCAGCAGAGAAAUGUACUUUCAGAUAUACAGGGUAUUCUAAGCUCGUCUAUCGAUGCUGACGAGGUGGCGGAUCGUGCAAGACCCAUCUUGGAGCAGCAUGCUCAUGAACAGCUCUUGUAUGUCCCUAUCGAACUGGACGGGCAACAUGACGAAGCAAUUCUUUGUGAUGCCGCGAAGAGGGGGGAUGUUUAUUUACACCCGCGUCUCUCAUGUCAGUUUUCUUAUGAUCCUAUCAAGGAAGCGGUAGGUGCGGUGACUGCGUGCCCGAGGCCGACGGAUACGACUGAGAAGUUGCGUGCUGCGGUCGACAAGAAAUUGAGCCAAUAUGUAUACCAGCACUAUCAGACUGGUCUAACGUCCACCUUUGCACUAGGUUCUAGUAUCCCAUCGGUCAUUGACGAGGGCUCUGUAGCUCAGCCCUCUGAGUCUGAUGGCAAUGAGACACAGGCCAAUGAGCAACCCGAGAUGCAAAAUCAACCAAGCACACUGUGCAUGCACAUUGUUGGCAACAAAUACAACCUGCGAAACUUUUGGGCGGGGCGUUGGCGCUCCACGUAUGUGGUGGAUGUGAACGCUCGGGCGUUCUCCCAAGCGAGGAUCCAAAUUCAAUCGCACUACUUUGAGAACGGAAAUGUACAGAUGUUUGCGGGAUGUCAACCUGAUCUACCCACGCUCGCUGUGGCUACCGACGAUGAAUUGCCAGAGGCUAUCUUUUCCGCAAUCCAUGCAUACGAGCAAGCAUACCAGGACCGGCUCUAUGAGACGACAAACCUUUUGCGUGACGGCACCUUCAAAGCUCUUCGCCGAACGCUGCCUAUCACUCGCCAGAAAAUUGAUUGGGACAAGGUCGUGAGCUACAAGCUAGGGUCGGAACUUGCGAACAAGUAG